UCACUAGACGCCAAGUCACAGUUGUUGUAUUUUGUGGAUAUAUCUAAAUAUAUCGUAGUUGUUAUUAAUCUGAAAAACUAUCUGUAUUAUACAGUAAUAGAUAAAUCAAUUAAAAUGAUCCAAGAUGUUGCUUUAGACCCAACAAGAGGUAUGAUGUAUAUAUCUUGUCGUCAUGAAAUGGUGUUUGCCGAUAACUCAACUCACGAUGUCGGUGCUGUUUAUUCAGCAACUAUGGCAGGAGAUAUGGUAAAACCUAUGGUUGUUGGUUUGGGCAAUCCAAAGGGAAUAACAAUGCAUGGAGAUGAAGUAAUUUGGGUUGAUCCAAAAAGAAAAGCUAUUGAGGGAAUAUCAACGAUAAAUGGUACUAAAUACACAUUGAAAAGAUUCUUGAAAACAACAGAUCUACAUGAUAUAACAGUGGCGGAUGGAUAUAUUUAUUGGACAGAGCUGGAAGCACGGGCCAUUAAACGAUCUCCAUUUACCAAUUUAACACAAACUGAGAUAUACGGCCAAGAGAAGUUCUAUCGUGUACCAGGAUUGGAUUCCUUUACAAAAGAACCGCUAAACGAAACCGUGUGUUCUAUACAAGAUAGAGAUGCGUGUAGGUUUAUGUGUAUACCAUCACCAAAUGGGGCUCGGUGUAUUUGUCCUGAUAGUACAAGAUAUAACAGAGGUAGAUGUAGGAGGAGAUUUCAUAUUAAUUACAAGAAAACAAAGUUUUGUUUUACUCCAAACGUUGAAAAUGGUAAACUGGUCGGCAAUGAACCGGAUGUUUACGUUCCUAUUGGAUACAGAUUACAAUUUUCAUGUAACCCUGGAUACCGAGUAGAAUGGCGGAAAACCAUUCAAAACAAUAAAAAUGGAUACAUCUUAUGCAAUAUCGGUGGCAACUGGAAUAGAAAUCCAGCUUGUUUAUGGGCUCUGCCGUACACUAUCCAUGGUGACAAUAGAUACGGAUACGCCAUCCUUCAUGAAUCUACACAGUUUUUAGUGCCAUCAAUGGUUCAUCUGGUUAAUGUCAUUUGUAUAGGGGGUGGUGGAGGUGGCUUUGAUUCCAAUAACAAAGAAUUUAAAAAUAUAGAAAAGGCUGGAGAUGGACAAGACUCUAAGUUUGGCGACGUUUUAAUUUCUAUGGGUGGUGAAGGUGGAUCUCUAUCAACAGGUGGAAAGGGUGGCAUAGGAACAGUGUUGUUUGGUGGUAAUGGAGGAGAUACUAAUCUAUGUCAUCAUGGCGGAGCAGCAGGUCAAAUGACAGAACCAAGAACGUGUUACCAACCAUCAACAUUUUGUAUGUUUUGUGGUGCCGGGGGUCGAAAAUCCUCGUGUCCUCUUUGUUCGGGAAAGGUUACCGGUGGUUGCUCUGGUCCACUCAGUCCUUCCGAUGGCAGCACCGAAGGUUCUCAUUAUGGUGGUGGAGCAAGUGGUGGUAGUGGAGGAGGUGGGGGCGGUGCAGGGUUUUCAAGAAUGAAUGUUGAUGUGACGCCAGGUGAAAUGCUCACGGUUGUAGUGGGUAAAGGUGGCGCCCCGUCUUUUGCUCCACCGGGGGACGGUAUAGUGGUUAUAUGUUGGGGCGGAACAAUUGAAGAUUUCUUGGAAGUAAAUGUUUAUGACUCUUUAGUGAAAAAUAUAUUAUGCUAGUUAUCUGAAUCUGAAAUAUAAACAUUUUAAAAUCA